UCGAUUUUUAUGUUUCCCGCUAAAAAAGCCCUAGUUCCGCUAUGGAAUCUUUACAAGUUCACGAUUCUUUAGAUCCCCUUGGGAUUUUUCGGUCCUCGUUCUUGUCGUCGUCCAUUUCCUAGGUUUUCCGGUUCUCUUUGGAUUACCCGCUUUUGUUCUUCCUAUUUGUUCUUGUGCUGGAGAGAUAACUAUAAAAUGGGAUCUAUAAAUGGCUGUAGGGUUCGUUGCUCGUCGUCGAUGGCUGGAUGGUCGAUGGUAGCGGACGAGGAUGCCGCCGAUUCUUGCAAAACCUCGAAGAAUCUCCAAGUGAAUAAGUCUCCUGAAGCCGUUAACUACCCAGAUUCUAGAGUGUUGGGGUUUGAAAAGAAGAUUGAGGAACUCGCCUCCUUGUUCCAACGCUUACUCGAAUCUUUCAUCGGCGAGUUUUGUUCGGCAGAUAGUCUUCCGCCGAUGACCGGCGACAGGAGAGCCGUCAAUUUGUUCAUUCUUUUCGUGAACGUGAGUCACAGAGGCGGUUUUGAUGCUGUUGCUUCAUGGGAUGAAGUUGCUCAAGAGUCUGGAUUAGGGUUUAAUAACUCAGCAUCUGCGAAAUUGAGCUAUGCCAAGUAUCUUGAUGCACUUGCUCGAUGGCUGAACAGAGUUAUUGCAGGUGAUACCGAAGGUACUAGCGUGGAGCUGUCUGGGAUCUCGGAUGUUUUGCUGCGUAAACUUAAAGAUUUUCUAUCUCAAGUGAAAAUGAACUAUGAGCUGUGGAAAGGUGAGGCUGCAAUGGAGUCAGGCGCAGAGCUUAAAUGGUUUAUAUCAAAAACCAAGAGAAGAUAUGAUAAGUACCAAACUGGUGAUUCUAAUACGAGUGAUAAGUGUCUGGAGAAACUUAUGAACCUUGGUACUGGUAACAAGGAAUGCUUUUCGCCUGGGAAGAGAAAACGGGAAUGUCCUUUAGAGACAUUGGAAUGGUUAAGCGAGGUUGCCAAGGAUCCAUGUGACACAUCUAUUGGUACUUUGCCAGAUAGAUCAAAGUGGGAAUCUUAUGCAAGUGAAGAGCCAUGGAAACAACUUCUUCUGUUUAGGGCCUCAAGAACAAAAACUGAUCCAGCUUGUGAAAAGACUUGGCAGAAACUCCAGAAGAUGCAUCCAUGUCUGUAUGAAGAUAGUGCUGGGCCUAGUUACAAUCUAAGAGAGAGACUAAAUUUCGAUGGGAGUCAGUUAAAUGAGAAGAAACCUGGGAAAGGCAAGAUAUCUUCAGAGAAUGGCUCGGCUUCAAACAGUUCAGAUGAGGAGGAUAGACCAGGUGCUCUAGUUGGUUCAGGCUAUCAAGCUGAGGUACCUGAGUGGACUGACAUCAGAUCUGAAAGCAAUGCAAAAUGGUUGGGCACUCGGAUUUGGCCACUGAGCAAAGAUCAAAACAACAGUAAUCAUCUUAUUGAAAGAGAUCCAAUUGGAAAAGGAAGACAAGAUUCUUGUGGCUGCCAAAAUCGAGGUUCUGUUGAAUGUGUCAGAUUUCAUAUCACUUCAAAACAGGAGAAACUGAAGCUUGAACUUGGUUCAGCUUUCUACAUGUGGUGUUGUGAUACUAUGGGUGAAGGUGCGCUGCAGUAUUGGACAGACAUAGAACUGGAGAAGGUAAAGUCUUUGAUGACUUUUCCACCCACACUUAGCCCAUCAUUCUUCGACGAGCUCAAGAUUAUGCUUCCUUCAAAGAGCAGAGGAAAGAUUGUGAGCUACUUCUACAACGUGACCCUUUUGCAGUUUAGAGCAAAUCAGAGUAGAAUCACACCUGAGGAGGUAGACAGUGAUACUGAUCAGCUCUACAACCUUGCAACAGCGAAUGAAGAUCCAACCCCGGAAGCAAACACAUCUCAGAAACCCGUCCUGCUUACGCCUAAGAAAAAGAGGCGUCGAUAGAGAGAGCACCCUGUUGAGAUUUAAGUUGGAGCAGUUGUUUUUUUUUUCCUCUUCUUUUUUUUUUCUUCUUUCAAUCUCUUUUUUGGAGGCAUCUAUUGCCAUUGAAACUGCUUUAAACUCUGGGGGAGGAAAAGUCAUCUAUCGACACACAUCGGCUCAGCAAAUUCUCGUUUUGGUUUUGAGGUAAAUAUACUUCCAUCUCUCCACUCUUUUGAUGAUCCUACACCUACACGAGUAUUCUUUUUGGGUUGGCAUUGAUUAAAAGUCUUUGCCAAAACUGAUGAACUAGAGAGAAGGUUUGUACAACAAGUACAGUGAAAUUUCGGAUUAGUUUGGUGAAUACAAGAGAGGCAAAAUGUAAUUGCUAUUUGGUU